AUGCCGGGGUUGCUGCGCGUACGCGCGAUUUCAGCUGCGAACCUCCCCGAGCGUCUUCACGAAAGGGAGAACCCAGGAGCUGGAGACCUGACCGGGGACGCUAUGGGCUAUGUGACAGGCGUGCUGGCCGUGCUGAUACACGCUGCCUACCUGGUGCUCAUUCAGAAGACCAGUGUAGAUAGUGAAUACGGACCCCUGACGGCUCAGUACGCCAUUGCUGUUUCGGCCACCCCUUUCCUCAUCAUCUGCUCCUUUGCUAGCAUGGAUUCCAUCAACGUCUGGUCAUUCCCAGGGUGGAAGGACCCUGCCAUGGUAUGUAUCUUCAUCGCUUGUGUCCUGAUUAGCUGUGCCAUGAACUUUACCACCCUGCACUGCACUUACAUUAACUCGGCUGUGACCACCAGCUUCGUAGGGGUGGUGAAGAGCAUAGCGACCAUCACGGUGGGCAUGGUGGCAUUCAAUGACGUGGAGCCCACAAAGUUAUUUAUAGCCGGUGUUGUGGUCAACACCCUGGGGUCUGUCAUUUACUGCGUAGCCAAGUACAUUGAGACCAGACGGCAGAGCAAUUACGAGGACCUGGAGAAAGAAGCUAGAGAAGAGGAGGGGAAAAGGCAGGCUGGGGACCAAGCGCUCUUUGCGAUGGAGGCGAUUUCCCGGGAGAAGGGGGCUGAGGAAGCAGCAGUGGAAGGAUCAGCCACGGGGGACAGCCAGAGCGGAGAGGAAGAGAGGGACGGCGCUGAGAAGCCUGCCACGGGACCGGCAGUCCAGGGAAAAGCCCCUGGCACACAGGAGGUGAAGAGGAGCUCGCUGAAGGAUGCCUAUCUUGGAGUAUGGAGGUUGGUGAGGGGUGCUAAUUAUAUAAAGAAGGAUUAUUUGAUAGAAAAUGAGGAGCUACCAAACCCUUAA